UGAACACCCGCCAAUAGAGACAGUCGACCUAACUUUGAAACAGCUGGCAAUUAACAACACAAUUUUGACGAAAAUAAACGAAAUCGACACAUUUGAUAAAUGGAGCGCGUUCUGCAGCCUGUAAAAGAAGAAAAUCGUCCCCAUCAGCCGGCUCCGCAGGGAAAGCCCCAACCUCCUGCAAGCCGCCCAGAACAUCAACCAAUGUCAGCUGGGGGCUCGCAGCAAGGUCUUGGACAGGAGAGAAAGCGGUGGUGUCUAGAUGACUUUGAAAUUGGGAAGCCACUUGGAAAGGGAAAGUUUGGAAGUGUCUACCUUGCUCGAGAAAAAAGCAGCAAAUAUGUGGUGGCCAUCAAAGUGUUGUUCAAGACCCAGCUGAAGAAGUCUGGUGUUGAGCACCAGCUUCGUAGGGAAAUUGAAAUACAAUCACAUCUCAGGCAUGAGAACAUACUGCGGCUGUUUGGUUAUUUCCAUGACAACUCCCGUGUGUACCUGAUCCUGGAGUACGCUCCGAAAGGGGAACUCUACAAGGAGCUGCAGAGGGUUAAGAGAUUUGACGAGAAAAUUGCUGCAAAAUACAUAAGCCAGCUGGCAAGUGCCCUGAAGUACUGCCACAGUAAGAAGGUCAUACAUCGAGAUAUUAAGCCGGAAAAUCUGCUUCUUGGCAUGACCGCUAACCUCAAAAUAGCAGACUUUGGCUGGUCUGUCCACGCCCCAUCUUCCAGGAGGACGACGCUAUGUGGCACACUGGACUAUCUUCCCCCGGAGAUGAUAGAAGGCUCGUAUCACGAUGAAACUGUCGACCUGUGGAGUCUCGGAGUGCUGUGUUAUGAACUUCUCGUGGGAAAACCUCCCUUUGAGACAGAGAGCAACACGGAGACAUACCGGAAAAUCACGAAGGUGGAUGUUCGAUACCCCUCUUACAUGUCGGAAGGUGCUAGGGACUUGAUUGGAAAGCUGUUGAAGCACAAUCCCAAAGAGCGGCUGCCUCUAGAACAAGUGCUGGUUCAUCCCUGGAUAACGGCAAACUACCACUCUAAGGAAAACCCACACUAACCUCACGUCCCACCGGCUUCUCUACUCUUCAGGAACACAACCAUCAAACAGUUACAGCAUUUUGAGUUAUGAACAAUGAAAUUAACUGUUUUGGGGUGAUUGUGAGGGUACUGGACAUUCUGGUUCUCAUAAAAGUUCUUAACAUUGCAGAAAUGAUGGUUUUUCCAGAUUCUAAGUGCUUAGAAGUUGGUGCCUUAUACAGGAUAUGAUUCUGUAUCUGCAGUGCAGUUCAUUAAAUAGUUCUUUUGAUCAUAGUGCUGAGGGCUUUUCUUUAUCUACAGGUUCUUUUCAGAUGUGCAGAACGAUUAAAAUGGUUUUUAAUAAUAUUGUAACCCUAGCAUUAGCUCGAGACUGUGUGUUCCUGUGAGUUUUACCAGCAUUUGCUCGAGACUCGGUGUGUUCCUGUGAGGUGAUAACUUCUCUGUGAUAGUGGAUCCGUAUAAACCAAUUGACUUACAUAUUGUGUCUAUUCAUUGCCAGACGGGCCUAUCAGCAUUUCAAGUUGGUGCUGGGAAUAAUACCAAUUUCGAUACCGAUUAUUGGAAUUUGAUCAAUGAUCAAUUAAUAAACAUUCCCUUAGCCCCAUGGAUUCAUUAUUUUAUAUCUAUGUCCUUCUUAUGCACAUUUAUCUGUAAUGUUUUUUCAUUGAUAUAUCCUUGAUUAUUUUCAUUAUAUUUUUAGAAGAACAAAAUGAGACUAAAAUAGUCUAUAAAUAGCUCUUUGAGGGUAUAACUCGUAAUGAAUUAAGACAUAUCACUAAUGAAAGCUGGUGAUGAUGACCUUUUCAAUUUGUUAUCGGCGAAAAUAAAUUAUUGGAACAAACUAUUGGAAAUACAUCACACAUGUAUUAUUUAUCAUAAAUUAAAGCUGAUAAGCCCUUGAAGCAAUCGGUGGAUGAUCCCUCUGUGCAAUUUCCUCACUAGGUCAGUCCAAGUCCACAGUUGCAAAUUAUCUGUUAUUCUAUAUUACAUGAGUCUCAUGCACUGAAAUGUGAAUACAGUUAUUAAUAUUAUAUUGUAUAUAUUGGUUAAUUGUCUUUCAUCUUUGUAACAUAAACAAUAUUGAGUUGAUGGUAAUAAAUGUAUAAGGACAGUCAUUUUGAAAGCACUGAGAGUACCAAUUUGUAGUCAUUUCUUGUACAUGUACAUAGUU